CUCUGGCGCGCCAGCCUGGAUGCUCUUCUCGCGCAGUUUGAAAUUGCAGCACCAGCUUCCAAGUCAAAACUUGAAGCUUGCUCCCUUGUGAGUUCUCUUCCGAAGCUUCCCACUUCAGCAGAGACGCCGGUCCUUACCGCCCGCCCCACCCUUCCUCCUUUCCUCCCUUCUCCUCCACACGCUCCCACCAUGGCUGACCAGGUCGCCCCGGUCGCCGCCAACGGCCCCAAGAAGACCGGCAAGGUCAAGUGGUUCAACUCGAGCAAGGGCUUCGGGUUCAUUACCCCCGACGAUGAGGGCGAGGAUUUGUUCGUGCACCAGACGAGCAUCCACGCAGAGGGCUUCCGGUCCCUGCGCGAGGCAGAGCCCGUAGAGUACACGGUCGAGACCUCCGACGACGGCCGGACAAAGGCUUUGGAUGUCACCGGCCCCGGGGGGGUUCCAGUGCAGGGGGCUCCCCGCAGGGAUGGUUACGGUGGGGGAGGCAGCCGUGGGGGCUUCGGGGGGGCCGCGGCAGGGGGGGUAGACGCGGGGGAUUCGGCGGCGCACCCGGGGGGGGUGACCGUGCCUGCUACAAUUGCGGGGAGCCAGGGCACAUUGCCAGGGAUUGCCAGAGCGAGCCCCAGCAGGGGGGCGGCGCUAGGUUCGGAGGAGGUGGCAGGUCCGGCGGUUCCCGGGCUUGUUACAACUGCGGACAGGAGGGCCAUCUCGCCCGCGACUGCCCCAACCCCACCCAGUAAGGUGGCAAUCGGGCCGAUACGGAAAGCACCAACAGGAGGUUUGCAGGUUCUACCCGGACAUUUCUGCCCGGGGAAAAGUCUUCGCAUCAGGGGGAGGUGCACGGAAGGAGUUUGCUUUGCAGAAGGGGGGGUGGUCGCCCCCCUCUUGGUUUAGAAAAAGGGGGGGCAGUCGAGCCCUCCGGUAGCACUCGAAGCUUCACGGAAGGCCUUGUAGGUCGAGGUGGGCUUUGGUAAUAUGCGUUUGUUGUUGCUUUGCUAGAACUUCAUCAGUUGGGCUUGGCCGCACCCCUGCGGCCGCGUAGGCCCCGAGAGCGUCCCAGGCAGCCUAUCUCGUAUGGGCUGCCGCGCUCUUAUUUAUCCUUUCUAAGGGGCCCCCGCUCGCAAGAGCAGGGGCAGCCGUGUGCAAGUGCAGACCUUUUAUCGGAAGUGGUCGUCUUCGGAAGUGGGGCGCGGCUGCUUUUACCAAGGGCCUGCCAUGUCGUCAAGUGAUAACGGAGGAGGAGGCUGUAACAAGGACACGUUGAAAUCUGAUAAGUCGUCUUUUCAAAAAGCUUGGGACGGGUGUGAAGUCAAUUUAAGUUCACUAGUUCACAAAGUCGCUUGCAUGAAUGGGGGCUGACAUGCUUUCGGGCCGAGUUAAAGCUGGAAGUUGUUUGCCCGGCGUAUUGUAUGGCCGCACCAGCG